CACGAUGCAUCAGAUCCAAAGGCCAGAUUUUAUUCUUAUUUCUUUCACCAAGGUGCAUUCUCACUUGAACCAGCCCCUAUAUAUAUAUAUAUAUAUAUAUAUAUAUAUAUAUAUAUGGUUGGGCAGCCUCUGAAUUCUCCCGAGCUUCAUUUCAUCGUCUUUCUUGUUUCCUAUUCUAUCACCAUGGCGGACGUAGAACACGAUAUGGCGGCCGGGCAGCCGAAGAAGAGGACGUUCAAGAAGUUCAGUUUCAGAGGCGUCGAUCUCGAUGCACUCCUUGACAUGCCGACCGAUCAACUCGUCAAGCUCUUCAGCGCCCGUGCUCGAAGAAGGCUCGGAAGGGGUUUGACGAGGAAGCCUUUGGCUUUGAUUAAGAAGCUUCGCAAAGCGAAACUUGAGGCCCGGGCAGGAGAGAAGCCAGAGCUAGUGAAGACUCAUUUGAGGAACAUGAUUAUUGUUCCAGAGAUGAUUGGCAGUGUAAUUGGAGUUUACAAUGGCAAGACAUUCAACCAGAUUGAAGUAAAGCCAGAGAUGAUUGGGCACUAUCUGGCGGAGUUCUACAUCUCCUACAAGCCUGUCAAGCACGGUAGGCCGGGUAUUGGUGCCACUCACUCUUCAAGGUUCAUCCCUCUCAAGUGAUGUGUCACACCCUUUAUUCUUUUACUUUUACAGACUGCUGGUUGUUGGCACUCAUGAAUCUGCUUAUUGCAUUUUGUUUUAACCUGUUUUUUCACUAUGUACUUUGUGACCUUCUAAGAAUGCUUUCUAUUCUGGCGUUA